AUGUCACAGAUUAACCGAAAACCAGAAGAGUCUCACUCCACGCUUAUAAAUGACGAGGAAGAUAACAACACGGUCAUUGGAUCCAGCGUUGGACAGGUAGACGAGGAGUUAAGGAAGGUGAAUGGAAUCACUAUCCUUGACAAUCAACUAUCCAGUGAUGAAAUUGUAAGUGAUUUAGAUGUGGUCAAAACCAAUUUAUUAGUAGAUGAGGGACGAGCUGAAUCGAUUUUAAAUGAUGAGGAUCAAUAUCAUGAUGAUGACGUCGAUAGAGCACUUGUAGCAUACACUAAGAUUGAUGUGUGGGACGUGGUGAAGAAGAGUGCGAUCAAUUUGAUUCUCCCAAUCAUAAACGGAUUCAUGUUGGGGUUCGGAGAGAUAUUGGCCCACGAAGUCGGGUUCCGCUACAAUUGGUUUGGAGCUAGAGUGAGUCCGCCUAGAAGAAUGGAGAGGAAAAGGGAACAGCAGACGAGCCAAUACUUGUAA